UUUGCAUCAAGAUUAAAAAAUCAAACUUGAUCCCAUCAAAAGAAGUGUCAUUACUCGUGUUAGUCUUUCUACCUCGAACAGGGGAGUCCUAUUUCCAUUGAAACGAUUCGAAGAGGAUGUCAUCCAGGCCUGCCUGAUCUACCACACAUCAAACAAAAGACACGAGGGCCCGGUUUAAAUGAAAAAAAAAAGAUUUCAGGUAGACUAAGUUGUUCAAAGUGUACGUACGUACUCGCGACUUUUGAGAGUGACGAGACCAUUGAGCGUCUCUCAUGCAGUCUAAAGGUGGUAUAAGCGGGGGCUCAACCGCUGCAUGUUAUGUUACUGAACGUUCACUGCCUGGUGUAGGUCAUGUUAGGCCAGUUAUAAAACUUUUGAGCACAGAUCCAUUCCUGUAAGUGGGGCGCACAUGGAGUUCUAACGAAGGACAUCAAGUGAAUCGUUUGUAAAAGGAUGACCCCUGAAGAAAAGGCCACCUCAUGCGGGUUGUUCAACUGGAGGCCCACCUAUCUUCGGAAGUGGGCCUCGGCAAGGCUGUACCUGGCUCUUUAUGUGUGUACGGGCAUUUUCCAAACCAUGAUGUUCUCGUAUUUGUCAGUGGUCUUAUCAACCGUCGAGAAGAGAUUCGGAUUGAAGUCUCAAGAUGCUGCUUGGCUCUACUCGGGCAACGAAAUUAGUCAGAUCUUUUUCAUCUUUGCCUUGCCAUUUGUAGGGCGAGUCAAACGUCGACCCCUGUAUAUGGGACUGGCCAUAACGCUGGGCUCCCUUGGGUGCUUCAUGAUCUCCUUGCCUCACUUCCUUGGGGACAAAUCGUACGAACUGAGACAAGAGCAAAGUAAUGUGAACUUUGACAGUGAUACUUGUCUUAUCAAUGGAACACGGGCUGAUUCGUGCGCCAAUGGGAAGGCUUCCAAGGAUUUGGGAAGUCUGGCUAUCAUCUUCAUGGGGAUUUUUCUUAUGGGCAUUGGAGUGUCAUUCUUCUACUCAUUUGGAAUUCCAUAUGUCGACGACAACUCGGACAAGACCGAUUCCCCCUUCAGAUUAAGCAUUAUCCUUUGCUCGAGGACCAUUGGUCCGACAUUGGGUUAUAUCCUUGGGGCUUCCAUGCUGGCCAUCUACAUUCAUCCAUCCCAGACACCCGACUUUGAUCUGAAUGAUCCAAGAUGGCUGGGAGCGUGGUGGAUUGGAUUUAUCAUCAUUGGAGGACUUUUGUUCGUGUCGUCCCCAUUCCUCACCCUUUUCCCCCAAAGGUUACCUUCAGGCAGCUCGGACGCAAAAAUGAUCCAAGAGCAACGGGGUAAGGAUCCGGAAACGGCCAAAGAAUGGCUCGAAGAACUGUUUGGUGUGACAAGGAGGCUAGUAACCAACAAGAUAUGGGUCCUGAACGUGUUUUCCACCGUGUUCGUUCUCUUUGGAUUCAUUGGCCUCGCAACGUUCAUGCCGAAAUACUUGGAAUACCACUUCAGACAAAAUGCAUCCAAGGGCGGCGGAUUGGGCGGAUUGGCGAACGCCUUACCCACCGCAGUUGGCAUGUUGGUCUCGGGUUAUUUUGUUGGAAAGCGGAAGCCCUCAGCUAAAUCCCUGGCUGGCUACUGCGCCAUCGUUGGAGGGUUUGGAGUUCUGGCUGUAGCCUCCCUGUUAUUCCUAUCUUGUCCCAAAUUGAGUAUAUCUGGGGUGACCACUCAGGGGAACGUUUUGCCGUGCAACAAUGAAUGUCAAUGUGCUUCCGUCGACUUCCAUCCUAUUUGCUCAAUGGACGGGCAGACAAAUUUCUUCUCACCUUGCCACGCGGGUUGUCAGAUGUCUCUGGUUGAAAGACUUAAAGAUGGAAAGAAAAAAAAGUUCUUUGAAAACUGCUCCUGUGUGGCCGCUCAUUCCGAAAGAGAGAAGCUCUUAAGAGCCAAACCUUGGUGGGACCUGAAGAACCAAGCUGAUCAAGCUGCCGAUGGUGACGCUAUUCGACCCCUCAAGUUUUUAGAUGAUACUUCCACCGUCAUAUCAAGUGCCGUAGAAGGAUAUUGCCCUUACGAUUGCAAGGGAGUCUUUUACGGUGCCCUCGGCAUUCUACUGAUAAUUGCCGCAGUGGGAGCCUCGACCCGUGUCCCAAACAUGUUGAUAUCGUUACGAAUGAUCGAUAUUCAGGAUAAAGCUGCCAGUCUGACACUACAAGUAUCCGUCUUCAGUUUACUUGUUUUUCUGCCUAGUCCCAUAUUGGUUGGAGCCCUCAUUGAUAGCACCUGCGAGGUGUGGGCGGAAAAAUGUGGCGAGACCACCAAUUGCCUCGUCUAUGAUACUGAUUUGAUGAGACACUAUCUCUUCGGAAUGAUGACUAUCUGUAUGUUUUUGGGCUUCCUGUGCGAUGUCGGGGUCUGGUACUACAUUGGGGAUUUGAAGGUCUACGAUAGUGAAUAUGAGGAUGAUAACAAAUCCGUAGUAUCGGGGUUUGGGAAAGACCCAAUUGACUUUGUCGAUAUCGAGCUGGAGACCAAACACGUGACCUUGUAGAAUCAUUGUCGUGCUUUAAAUUGUUGUCUUUUUUCGGAUGUUUUAUUUUUAGCCCAUUUUUGUCCUCGGCAACUGCAUCAGAUUUUAGACACACAUAUAUACAUACCUAUAACAGAGAAAUCCUUUAUUUUUUUCACUAGGAGCUACCUGUCUUGAUGCCGCGACCGAG